AUGACCGCUCCACCUAACCCCACUCCACCCAAACCCACUCCACCUAAUCCCGCUCCACCCAACCCCACUCCACCUUAUCCCACUCCACUCAAGCCCACUCCACCUAAUCCCACUCCACCUAAUCCCUCUCCACCUAAUCCCGCUCCACCCAACCCCGCUCCACCUAAUCCCACUCCACUCAAGCCCGCUCCACCUAAUCCCACUCCACCUAAUCCCACUCCACCUAAUCCCGCUCCACCCAACCCCGCUCCACCUAAUCCCACUCCACCUAAUCCCACUCCACCUAAUCCCGCUCCACCCAACCCCGCUCCACCUAAUCCCACUCCACCUAAUCCCACUCCACCUAAUCCCGCUCCACCCAACCCCGCUCCACCUAAUCCCACUCCACUCAAGCCCACUCCACCCAAGCCCUCUCCACCCAAAUCCAUCCAACCCAACCCACUGCCCAACCCCAUUCCACCUGUUCCAAAUUAA